AUGACUGAAACAAGGACAGUCGUUAUUGAUCUUGGAAAUUACCCCAAUGCUCGUGGAUUUAGUGGUAGUGGAAAGACUUAUACAUAUGAUAACGGAUGUGUUACAAUAACUCUAAACGAAAGUCCCAUCGGACUUCCAGGAUAUAAGAGUGUGACGCAUAAACCAACUAAUGGCAAAGACAUUAUUGGCCGUAUUGUACAUAAUCUUACUCCUCAGGAUGGAUUCUCUAACAAUCUUUCCGAAUAUCCAAGUGUCUCAGUCUUUUACUGGUCAGGGGAUAAUAGUUUUAGAAACCCUCUCCUAGUUCAACUUGGUGAGAAGAAUGAAUACUACACAGAUGGUGGUAGUGGUAGUUGGGAAAAGGAAAACGAAGAAAAGGAACUCUUAAAUCUUUUAGAUGAAAUAAACUGUACAUGGAGUUCCGCUCACAUUAUUGACAUUCAUGAGAAAUCUGUGCCGUCUUACAAUUGUUCCUCUUGUCAAAACUCAAUCACUUUAAUUUCCAGAAGUAUCAACAAUAAAUACACUAGAGUCACUCAUAGUCCUGGUGGGCUAGUUGGCAGACUAAAGAAUGGUUCUCAAAACAUUACUGAUAUUCCAAUAACAAAGAACUUUUCUGCAGUUUAUGUUUAUUGGUAUCCUAAGGAUGAAAAACCGCUCCUAAUUCGUCUAUCCCCAGAAGAUGAAUCCAAGAGUACUACCUUAUGGUACAAGAGAGAGCCUAAUGGUAAUACAUGGACCAAAGUAGAUAGUAGUCUACCAUCUGAUCAUAUGGAUUGCAAAAACAUCCUAAAACUUCUCAAGGAGGUAUCACCAAAUCAAGAUGAAGAUGAUAGAGAAAGUGAGUGCAAAGAACCAGAACAUAAACUAGAAGCUGAAUCUACCGCUUCUGAAAAAGCUACUUCUCAAGAUCUUCAAACUGGUACUCCCGCUACUACCAUCGUUGGGGCAGCUCUUGGAACUGUAGUAGGUGUGAUUGCUAUUAGUGUUCUUCUAUGGAAGAGAAACGUCAUUAAAAAAGCUGCUCUUGCGACUUUUAGUGCUUCUGUAUAG